UCUGCGAGGCUCACAGAGCUGGGAGAUCCCAGCACAUAUUCACUGCUUCAGCAGCAGGAGGACAGUCUGCUGAUAGCUGCUGUGAGCUUAUCAAAGAGGUGACAAUGGACAGACUGAACAGAGAGGACAUUGCUCUGAAUAAACUGGGAGACGCAGAGGCACAGGUUCUUCCCUCUGGAAAAGUAUAUCGCCCCAUCAACCUGAACCACUACGCCACCAAGAAGAGUGCGGCUCAGAGCAUGCUGGACGUGGCCCUGCUGAUGGCCAACUCGUCCCAGCUGAAGACCAUCCUCUACGUGGGGCCUCAAUACCAAUUCUACAUCCCGCUCAUUGUCCUGCUGUCUCUGUCCAUCACACUACAGGUCAUAGUGGGACUGCUGCUUGUCUUUAUAGUGAAGUACGAUCUAAAUGACCAAAGGAAACACGCCAAGUUAAACAGGCUGAACAACACAGCAACGGUGUUUGUCUUCUUCACUGUCCUCAUCAACAUCUUCAUCACAGCGCUGGGAUUUGAGGGACAAGCAGUCAGGUCAGCAAUAACACCUGUGAUGUCCAUACCAGAGCCUCAGCUAUCCCCCAGCGUGCCCAUCGACUUUAACAUAACUGGUGGCAUUUAGAGCCGUCUAUGGACCAAAAUAACUUGUUAUCCUAAAGCCUUGGAAUCUAAAGGGUUAUGGUGAGACAGCAGCACUUCUGUUACAAUCAGGUCUGUUCAAAUUGUGACUGUUUUGAGCAAAAAUGCCCAGCUGGAACAAACCUUAGACUCCUGAAUGGAUUCAGUGGAUCUACUAUCACAUGCUGCUGAGAGGCUUCUGUGGAUCCAAGCUGAGACCAGCAAUCACCAAACUCAUCCUCAGGGACCAUCCACCACCUCGACUCAGGAUCACAGCUGUUCAGUUCAACUGGACCCACCAAAAACCUCGUUUUGAAUACUUACCACUUCCGAUGCCAACAGACUCUGCUUAAGUGACCUUUUUUUUCUCCAAACUAUUUAAAUCUUCUAUCUAGUAAAUAUGAACGCUUCAUAUUGUUUCUCUUCAAAAGUUAAAUUGGUGGAAAUAAGAUUAAGUUUUGUAUCUAAAUAAAUGUAUUCAUUAUGACACA